AUGAUGUUUCUUAUAAGUUUUUUUUUUUCUUUCUUUUCUUACCUGCAGGUGGAUCUUCGAGACAGGCUUGCGCUUGAGAAGAUUUUCUCAGAAACAAAGUUUGAUGCAGUGAUACACUUUGCUGGACUUAAAGCAGUAGGUGAGAGUGUGGAGAAGCCUUUGCUGUAUUAUAAUAAUAACCUUGUUGGGACUAUUACGCUUUUGGAGGUUAUGGCUCAACACGGCUGCACAAAUCUUGUGUUUUCAUCAUCAGCUACUGUAUAUGGCUGGCCUAAAGAGGUUCCUUGCACAGAGGAGUCCCCAAUUUCUGCAACUAACCCAUAUGGCCGUACCAAGCUUUUCAUCGAAGAGAUUUGCCGGGAUGUACAUCGGUCUGACCCUGAGUGGAAGAUCAUACUGCUUAGAUACUUCAACCCUGUUGGUGCACAUCCUAGUGGUUACAUUGGUGAAGAUCCUCUUGGAGUUCCCAAUAAUCUCAUGCCUUAUGUGCAACAAGUCGCAGUUGGACGCAGACCUCACCUCACGGUCUUUGGAACCGACUACAAGACAAAGGAUGGUACAGGGGUUAGAGAUUACAUUCACGUCAUUGAUUUAGCAGAUGGACAUAUAGCUGCUCUGCGCAAGCUAGAUGAUCUCAAAAUCAGUUGUGAGGUUUAUAAUCUUGGAACGGGCAAUGGAACAUCGGUGCUAGAAAUGGUUGCUGCCUUUGAAAAGGCAUCCGGAAAGAAAAUCCCGUUGGUGAUGGCCGGAAGACGUCCUGGAGACGCUGAAGUUGUUUACGCGUCAACGGAAAAAGCAGAACGCGAACUAAAUUGGAAGGCUAAUUAUGGAGUUGAAGAGAUGUGUAAGGAUCAGUGGAAUUGGGCAAGCAAUAAUCCUUACGGCUACGACUCUUCCUCCAACGGCUCUUCAUAA